AAGAGACAGGCGGUCAGGCAGAUGGAUGGGAACCCCACCCAGGCCUGUUUCCUCUCUGCCUGCUCCACUUCAGUGAUAAGCAGCUGGGGAGGAAGUCAAGUAUUAUUUCAUGUGGACAUGUGACGGAGGAUGAUCAUUUCUAUAUUGCUGAGGGAGAAUCUGUGAGGCUCCAGUGUCAGUGUGAUGAAGAUGCUGUAGGUGGUCGAGCCACAAAGUCUCCAUCCGAUGACCUCAAAGCCACCUGACAGGCCAAAAGAGCACCAAUAAUAAAGCUGAGAGUCGAUUUUGACUUCACACCCUACAGAACUUGCUUCCUGUCACUGAACACUUCAAUCAGAGCGGAGGGAUUUUACUGUUUUUGUAGUGUGUGUCUUUCUGGCUAAGUAUCUUAGUUUGCUGCCCAAAUUGGCUCGUUUUGGAGAGUCCCAAGCUGCUGCCAGUCGUAUUUAGCUCUGGCAUGAAGCCGCAGUAGCUUUCCCCCCAAGAAGUAGAGGAAGAAAAGGAAGACUGUAACCCUGGACGAAGGCCCUGUCUUGAGGCAGGGAGCGGGACUUGGCUUCAGACUGCAGUUUGUGAAGCCUGCAGGCUGCUUGGACCUUCUUCACCUCUUCGUAGGUUGUCAGCGCACCUAAAAGACUUGCAUUUGUCCAGCUGACAGCUAGUUUGCUUUGUUGGACAUGUGGAUGCUGCUAACAGGGUUUUGGUGUCCGUUUUGGAAAACUAUCUAGUUGUGACAUUUACAGCCCAGGGGAAGACCCAGCCAUGGAGGGUCUUGAGCAGCUUGACAUGGUGGGCGAUAUCAGCCCGGCCUUGGAGGCCACAGAGGACUUUAUCCACUGUAUGGAUGGGAUACAAGGCCAAGGUCCGAGCCAGGCUCAAACAGUUAAAGUCCAGCCUCCCAGGCAGCCUAAGCAGCUGCAGGAGGUGUCCAGUGCUGCGCUGGGAAAGCUGAGCUCCAGCGGCGUAUGGAGCCUGCUGGCUGGAGAGCAGCCAGAGGUGGGGCCCUUAGGCCUGGCUUGGGCUGACAAUUUCAGCGUGCUGGGGCUGGGAAUGGGCUUGAGGCACGGCAAGAGAAGCCGGGCUCGCUCCACCAACGACCUGGCAGCCCAAACCAAGGAGUGCACCAACAACACCGCCAACCCCUCGUCCAACUCAGCCUUCAAGAAGGGACACAACCGGUCCAGAUCUGACGUCAACUACAGGCCGUCUGCCUACACUGACAACGGACUGCCUGCGGUGGACUGCAACACCCUGAAGAACAUGAUCCUCAACCACCAGCAAGAGGCUGAUAAAAGCAGCAGUAGCAGUGUGGUGAAGCAGGGUGAGAUGGAGCAGCGUGAAGGGCCCCGGGGCCGCUGGACACCCUGCCAUGUCGAGCUGACACCGUGCGAACUCCGGCUCUACACUCUGGACAGCAGUGCCAACCGCCAGCUGGGCACCGCCUACUCUUUGUCACACUGCCAGAGUGUCAUCUCACCAGCACCCUGCAGCCAGCCAGGCCAGAUCACCCAGCCCGCCGAUCAACGGACGCUACAGGCUUUGUUCUUCAACAGCACGCGUCUCCAGCUGAGGGCGGCCAGCCAAUGGGAGGCCAUGGAGUGGAGACGGCUCAUAUGGGAGAAAGUGCAGGCAGCCAGACCUGUGAGGCUGGAGAACCGCCAGCGUAAGCCCGGACUGGAAAACCAACAGGUCGCCAAGUUUCCUGCACCCAUGUCACCCUCCUCGUCGCCCUCCCCAUCAGGCCUCGACACCAGGCCUGAUGGGGAGAGUGACACCCCCACAUCAGCAGAGGCCUCGCUCUCUCUUCAGACUAAUUCUGGCGUCUUGAGCAGACCCACCACCCUUCCACUGUUCACCCAGCGCUGCCAGGACGUCCUCAAAGCUGGUCUGCUCCAUCAGCUGAUGGACCAGAACAACUGGCGGGCCUUCACAUUCGUCCUGACCAGGUCUGCUCUCCAAGUCUUCCCUACUGAGGGCCGAGGGUCUGUGACCCAGCCUCUCCUUCAGUACUCCUUGGCAUCCUGCUUGGCCGUACAGCACGAUCAGGAUCCAGAGAAUGGAGAACCGUGGACGGAUAGAAGGGAGCGUUUCCAAGUAGUUUUCCCCAAAGAGGUGCUCCAACUUCGUGCGGAUGAUCACCUUAAGGCCCAGGAAUGGGUGGACACCCUGCGAGAGGCAGUGGGAGCACAAAGGCCUCCACAAGAAGAGGGGGGAGAACUGGGAGAAGGAGCUCCAAGCCUCCAGGGAGUGUUGUUGAGAUCAAAACCAUCUCGUGAGAGGAGGCAGCGGGAGGCCCAGAGAGCCAAGAGGCAGUCAGUCACCACCAGUUUCCUCAGUAUUCUCACCUGUUUGGCUGUGGAGAAGGGGCUCACUGCUCAGAGCUUCAGAUGUGCAGGUUGUCAGCGUCCAGUCGGCCUGUCCAGGGGCAAGGCAAAGGUCUGCUACUACAGUGGCUGGUACUACUGCCAGAGCUGCCACCAGGACAACUCCUUCCUCAUCCCAGCUCGCCUGCUGCACAACUGGGACACCACCAAGCACAAGGUGUCUAAACAGGCCAAAGAAUUCCUGGAGUUUGUGUAUGAAGAGCCUCUGCUCGACGUCCAGCAGCUCAACCCUUGUCUGUAUGAGCACUGUGAGCCUCUAAGUACCGUGCUACGUCUCCGUCAGCAGCUACAGUCACUGCGGGCCUACCUGUUCAGCUGCCGAGCGACUGUUGCCGAGGACCUCCGACGAAGGAUCUUCCCCAGGGAAUACCUGCUACAACAUAUUCACCUGUACUCCAUGGCAGACCUGCAGCAGGUGAUUGAUGGAAAAAUGGCUCCCUUCCUGUCCAAGGUGAUCAAGUUUGCCAGCUCCCAUGUUUUCAGCUGCAGUUUGUGUCGAGAAAAAGGCUUCAUCUGCGAGCUCUGCCAGAAUGGACAGGUCAUCUAUCCCUUCCAGGAGAGUGCCACCAGGAGGUGUGAUGGCUGCGGCGCCGUUUUCCACGCGGAAUGUCGACAGAAAGCUCAGCCGUGUCCUCGCUGUGUUCGCCGAGAACUCCACCACAAGAGGCCGUCCUCCUUCUGGUCACCUGAUGACGACAGCCCCGGUUGUUUUCACCUACCCUACCAAGACACCUGAAACGCACACACAAACACACACAGAGGCACACAAAAGCAGUAAUAAAUUAAGGCGCUGCAAGGCCACAACUCUGGACAAAGUGCCUGUUUUUUUUCUGAUUUGUGUGUUUCCAGGACAAAUUCUGUGACAGUUUUGGUCAGAGGACGAGCUCGGAGAAUCUUAUUCAUCGCCAGGUUUGUGUGUGUGUGUGUGUGUGUGUGUGUGUUUAACGCACACUCACCUGAGUCCUACUGUCAAGAGCAGGGAGAAAACCAACUGAAGAACUGCUGCACCAGGCUUUACAGACUGAACUACUUGUAUUUUGUAGUCAAACGUCUUCAUGUCAGAGUCAUCCUCCGCCACCUUCAUCCCUCCACCACAUCACUACCUUCAUCUGUUUUUUUAUUCCAGGACGUAAACACGUAAAAUCACAGCUGUUAAACGGGGGAACUUCAAACUGAUAGUUGGAACGCUGCGGCGGUUUAUUGUAGCCAACGUCUUCCACCUGCCAAAACGAGGAAACACUUUGUCAAAGGACAGAAAAUUACAGAAUAAUUGGCAAUCAAUUAAUCGUUUAUCAUAAAAGCAAAACAUUCUCUGGUUCCAGCUUCUCAAAUGUGAAGAUUUGUUCCUUUUCUUUUGUUUUUGAACAAAAUAAGGAAAGUGGAAACGUCACCUUGUCUUUGCUUACAGACUAAAUUAUUACUUGAGAAAAAACUGAUUCAUCUAUAAUGAAAAUAAUCAUUAGUUGCACCCCUGCUCAGACUCUCACAUACUGUCGCUUUCAAAUGUACCUGUCAAAUAUUUGUAGUUUGGUUCUUUGGAGAGAACAGCAGCUGUUGUUAAUUUGGAUUCAUGUCGGUUAUGACAGUGGAAUCCAAUAUUUAAAAAAGGGGAAACCUUAGAUAUUUAAAAAAUAAAUAAAUAAAUGAAUAAAUCGCAAAAAUAUCGCAAAAACAUUUUUACACUUGGCUCCUAAUAUUCACAUAUUAGGAAUCAUGCAUUAAUUCACAUUCUCUUCUGCUGGAUUUCUCAUAAUUCAGCAACAAUUUGUGCAACAAAUGGAAACCUGUACAGAACGAAGGCUGUGGAUUUUGUCCCCCAUGACUUGCUUUGAAUUUGCAUAAAAAUACAUCUUUUAACGGCCAGUAUGAACAGGAGGGAUGAUUACAGCGAGCAAAAACAUACAUAUGGGUAUGUGAGUAUUGUUUUCAGAUAUGGAAAAAUGCAAACCCACCCUAGAAUCAGAGUUAUUUUUUUGAGAAAAAAUAGAAAACAUUUUCAGAUUUGUCUUGUCUUAUGUCACAAUACAAUACACAAUCUUUUAUCACAUCUCAUUCUCUUAUUUAACCUGUGGCUGUGGAAUGAAAGACGUUUGUCAGCUCACAGAGUUCACUCAUUUUUAUCAGUGUUCCUUUGUGUAAAUGUAAAAAGUAAAGAGACUUUAAUUUAAAAAGGACUCUGUUACACUGUCUGAGCACAUUUUCUUCUCUCUAUUGGUCUAACUGUAAAAUACCAGGGGCAAUAAUAUACUGUAACUUCUCUUUCAUUGUUGCCUUUUCCCUUCUCUCUUCCUCUGUGAUUCUGCUCCUGCUGUGCUUUAUUCAUGCAGAACCUAUCGAACAUGAUAGCAGCUUUAGCUUUUAGUAUCUCUAUGCAACCUAGAUGGCCUUUAUAACCCAUUGCUUUCACGUGUAAAGGUCGGGAAACACUUUUGUUUACCUUUUUUUUUUUAAAAAUUUGUUGCAGCAGCUACGUUUCCAUCCACUUUUAAGGCAAAUUUUACUUAGAUUUGAAUGAAAUUUUGGAAAAAUAAACAGUUAAAAGUGAUUUGAUCGGAUUCUUGUAAAACACAAAAAAAAAACAAGGAAAAUGGAUUUCAGAAACGUUUUUUAAACUUAGUCUAAUCAUUUUGACUUUUUUAUUUUCUUUCUUAUUUAUAUUUGUUUAUACUGUAUGAAAAUGAAAUAAAAUGAUGAAACUUAAUUUUUUUAAUUUUUGUUUAUUCUUUUAUAUUUUUUAUUUUUUUAUUUUAUUAAUUUUAUUUUAUCAAAAAUGAAAACCUCACAGAACAGAAAGAAAGUAAACGCCUCACUUCAUCUCCCUUCAUCUCUUAAAGCUGCAAACUGGAAUUUUAUUACUGUGUCUGCAAAUUCACAAAAUUUAUGGUUUGAGUUUCCAAAACAUCAACAACAAACUUUCUGCUGGAAUUUUGGGAAUCGUAACAAAUUCACAGACUGGAGCUUUAAAGUUCAACAGGCCAUAACUUGUAAUAUCUUGGAUGGAAAUGCAGCUGCUGCUUCUCCCUUUGGCUACGUUUUCUUUUCUGAUAAACUGAUCUCAUGUUAAUUUCAGUGUUAAUUCUUUGCUGUUCACUAAACUCUGAGGUUCAUUCUCCUCUUUUUUUCAUCUUUUUGAGCAAUAAAAACUUAAACUUUUAAGGGAAUUUACAUGUGAAUACGUUGUUGUAAUCAGCGCCUGACUGGCAAACCCUAGCUACAGGUUUCUUUGGAAAUACGUAUUUUUGUGAAAAGCAGAGAUCAGACUGACAGUUAUUCAUGUUUAUGACGCUUGUAGACUUGUAGACUGAGACAAAAAAACAAACAGUAGUUUAAAGUAUGUUUUAAAGUAUGGCAGGAAAAGUGCACUGAUGUGUCAGCUGAAGUAAAUUUGUUUUUAUUUUUACUUUGUUUUAAAGACAAACCUGCAGCCAUGUCAGGUGCAGUGUUUAAGUUAUUGCUGGCUGAUUGUGCCUGCUGCAUAAAAAAAACUAGUGAAAAGGUGAAAAGCCUUUAAUGAAGUAUUUUUGAUAUGUAUUUUGUUUUUGUUUUUUUGGUUGCUGUGUUUUAAAAAUCAAGCUUUUCUUUUGUUUACAUUGUUUACAUUUGUUUACAUUGUUUAUUAUUUUAUUUUAUUUGUGCACACAGAUUAGGGUUCUGCAUAGGCCUAAAAUGGAGCGCUGACAUGGUUGAACCGGACUGAUGCUCCAGUACCAGGAGUACUGCGUACUGAACUGAACACACAGUUCCAAACUGCUGAGGACAAAUACUUCCUAUUGCUUUACUAUACUGAUUUUUAUUAGAGAGCAUGAAUUACUAAUUUGUGUGCACAAAUUGCCAAAAACAAACAUACUCCCAAUAUCUGCCAGGUUGUGUAGUUUGUCUUUAUGUAGCAACUGAUCACUUUAAAACUUGAAUUAAUUUCUUUGCUUGUUUUAUGCAGUUUGUCUGUUCAUCCAGCCAUAUUUUAUGCCUUUUUUUUUUAAUGUUUGAACAUAGUAUAAAAUCUCGGAAUUUGUUAUGUAUGAUAUUUUCCAGCUGCAGAAAGCUGUGGUGUUUAACCUUGAUGUUAAGCUCUGUUAUCUUUUCAUUGCAGUGACAGUGCACAGUUCUGACUAAACUUUAACUUGCAAGUUGAAAUCUUUAGGCCAUUUAAUGACUAAAAAUGAUCGUCAGUGUUUUCAGGAUGAGUACAUUGUACUUUGUUUACAAAUUAUAUGAGUACAGGGCAGGAAAUGUUCUUUACGUUGCAGGCACAUUAAGAUCCUCGCAGUAUGUUUUACUUGACGCGCUUGGAGAAGAAUAUAUUGUACAGUAUUUAAGCAGAAUAAAGUGAUUGAAACUCUUCUCUCUUUUGCACUUUUUAAGUUAUUUUCUUUAAAUCAUUGUUUUUAUUUUGGCAGACAGACUCUUAUGCAAGUACAGGGAGUUGAUUUUUGGGUUAAUCAGCCCUUCCUCAUGUCUGGUUUUGUUCAAAUUUGUGCGCGAGCCACUGAU